AUGUCUGGACGAGGAAAAACCAGCGGCAAAGCUCGGGCCAAGGCCAAGUCUCGCUCGUCCCGGGCUGGACUGCAGUUCCCGGUCGGUCGUGUUCAUAGGCACUUGAGGAAAGGCAACUAUGCUAAGCGGCUGGCCGUCCGCAACGACGAGGAGCUCAACAAGCUGCUGGGAGGGGUGACCAUCGCUCAGGGCGGUGUGUUGCCCAAUAUCCAGGCCGUGUUGUUACCCAAGAAAACCGGCGGAGCGAGCAAGUAA